AUGAUUGACGUUUGGUUCUUUAGGAAGUUUAGUGAUCUAAGGAUGUUUUCAAGUAUUAGUAGAAGUAUGGAUGGAGUGUGGGUAGGGCGGAAGCUGUGCAGGAGUCAGAUUAAAGCAGUUGAGGUAUUAUCAAGGUACAGUAAUAUUAAUGUUGGAUUACGGACAAGUGCACUAAGGUCAUCAGCGACUACAAAAGGCGGUAAUGCAGGGCACAGAUAUAUGUAUUCUACAUUUAAUGGGACGAGCACUAAGAAUAGUGCUUCUGGUAAAUACAGUACUGAGAAGAAACUGCCACUAUGGCCUAGAGUGAAAUCUGCUGUUUCGUUUAGUGUAUCCGGGAUUUUAAUUGUUGGAGCGACAGGCUUAGCAGGGGUAGUGGUGUAUCUCAUUUUAUCUGAAUUGUUCUCUCCAUCGGGAGACACACAAAUAUUCAAUAGGGCAGUGACUAAAAUUGAGGCGGAUACAGUGGCUCGUAGUUUAUUGCAGUGUAACGAUUAUGAGAAUAGCAGGGAGAGAUUGAAGGCAUACGGUGAAACCUUGCAUAAUGAUAAGUGGACUAGAAAUAGACCAAUUAAGUCUACAAGAAGAAUUGAAAAGGAUGGUAAAGAGCAUUAUUUUAUGAAAUUUCAUGUAGAAUCUAAUAAGAAAAUUGGAUUGGUGACUGUGGAAGCAAGGGAGUCUGAAAAGAGCUAUCAGCCCGAUUUCAUAUCAAUGUAUUUGGAUGUAUCGGGGCAUGAACGGUAUUAUCUUAUCAAGUCCAGACCUUUAGUGGUCAAGCCAAAGGGGUUUUUAGGUGUGAAUUGGGGUCCAAAGCGGGACUGA